AACACUAAAACAAUCUUAAAGAAAACACACAUCACCGCGCCACGCGCCGGCAUCCACCAUUUCCCUCCGUCCACUUUUACCGAACGCUCGCGACGAACACAACACAGAGAGAACAGAUAACAAAAACAGUUGAGUGCGAAAUGUACAAGUGAUGACAAUGUCUGAAUCAGUGUCUUCCUCCAGCUCCAAAGUGAGCCAGUUCGGACUGUACCGGACCAUAGACUCGAGGACCGAGGAGUUCCUGAAGCUGUCCAAGAAGCGGCAGAUCCGGCAGGGAUGCGCUUGCGCAGUUGUUACUACCGCCAUCACCGUCACCGUUGUCGUUGUAAUUCUACUCAUCUAUGAAUAUGCAAUCGCAGUAGAAUCAAACAUAGUACAAAUAGGAGGCAAUCUGAUGAGACAACUUAACGAUAGUGUAGUUCUCAAUGAUACACCCGUAGCUGACCGACUUGAUAGAGCCUAUCUUGGAUUUGACCAAGAUUAUUUUGAGCAAAUGCCUCUUCUCGUCAACGCAAUGCAAGAAAAUAGUUAUAGUGACCCAUCAGUGGAGUCUUUAUUACCAUCAAUCAAACACACCCGCGAUCCGAAAUCAUAUAAUUUGACAACAGAACCAGUGGUGAAAAUUGGUUACAAACCAACUGUAUUAGGAAAAACUAGCCCAAGACCAUUUAUUUUUGAAUACCGAAGUCCUACACCUGUUCCAUUCCACAAAAACUACAAUUCAAGAAGUUGGCUAGAAAGUUACCGAAAUGCUCAAAGAUUGAAAAAUUUAGAACAAGUGAUUAAUUACUUAGAGAAGACCAUUCAUGCUAAAUUUGGUGACGUACAUAAUUUACCAUCUAGUAAACAUAGCAUUGCAUUUACCGGAGUACUUCAACCAGCAGAUCACAGUUCCUAUCACGUCAAACAAAUUCCAGAGUCGGACUUAAUAACGCAGAGUUCAAAUAAUGUUCAAAAUGUAAAGAAAGAUCAUCGAGAGAACCACCAGGCAGAUCCAUAUUUUAAUUUCAAACCAGAUAGUCCAGGUGACGUUAAUCUACUGGCUGAUGUUCCUUACAAGUUUUCACUAGCAAAUAUGCCAAGUUUUGCUACGAAACCGACUUUUAGAUAUCCUUUGUUCAGACCAGUCACGCGCUUAAAAGGAUGUGUGGGGCCGAAGUGUGUCAGUCAAAUAAUAGAGAAGAAAAUAUUCCAUUCAGCAGAAAAAUCAUCAGAAGUAAGAAGCUCAGAAACAGGACUAUUUGAUACCGGUAAUCAUAAAUCUUUUAAUGUCAUAAUGAGCCUCUAUCCUGUGACUACUCCUCCUACAGUUCAAUAUACUAAAAAAGAUACCCCCGAUAAGAUCUAUAUUACUACAUCAAGACCUCAAUUUCAACUACGAAGAAAAUCUAUAUACUCUCCAAACCGUCGGAGAGUUUAUGUGAGACGGCAUAAAAGACCUCGUAUUUUAUCCGGUUCUUCAGAGGAAAACAUUUCAAGCUCACAUUCUUCUGAAAACCUCAGUUCAGAAGUCUCUGGCAGCACGAACGAGGCAAAAGUGACACUCCAUUUAGAUGUUGUUCCAAAAGUAGAAUCUACCACUGAUUUACCAACAACCUCAACUGAAAAAUUUACACCUUCACCAGAAAUUGUGUAUAAUCCUGCAUAUGUUUCAACUUGCUCACCGAUAUGUUCAGUAGAAGAUUAUCAUGUUGGUAGUUCAGGAGUAAUCCCUAUCGAAAUGCGGACAUACCCAACAAAUUAUGUCCCACAAGUAACUAAUGCUCCGUCAGUUUUUAACAGUGCGUCAACAACAGAAGAAUUACGACAGUGGACCACACCACAACCAGAAAUAUUAAAAUUUAGCAAGGAAGAUGCUAGAGUUCCUGAAAAUUACAUGCAGUACCAAACCACUUCUCAGCCAGAACACAGUGUUGAUUUACAAACGGAGGCAAAUAGAAGAAACUUCCGAAGUUUUGAGGAAGAUGAUGACAAUAAUGAUGAUGAUGACAGAAAGGGAAUUGAUCAAGAUGACGAAGCAAAGAGACGGAUGCUUAUAGUUAAACUAAGAAAUUAUUUAGAUGACAGUACUUCUACUAGUACGGCAAAAAAUGAUAUAACAUCACAGGAAACUAUCGAAAAUGACACAGAAGAUAAUAUAAUGGAUGAAACAACUACAGAAUUUCUCAAUAUUGAAAGUACUACAUUGGAUACUUAUGUUCCACAAAUAAAUGGACAUUACAGGAGUGUCAAUCAGAAUUCAAGGCAAGUAAAAACGUGGUUUGACGAAAACAGUGAAGAAGAUCAUAAAGCUAGAUUAGAAGUGAUAUCUGUAACUACCCAAAAGAAGCCAGCUCUGAAAUACGUAGAAAUUAAAAGGCACAAAAACACUGAACAUGAUGAAUAGUUACCUAGUAGGUAGGUAGGUUAAUUGUAUAGGUAUUUUUAUGUUUUCUAUCUUGUUUUCGUCACCCACCGACUAUUGCUUUUUUGUUCUUGUCUUUUAAAUACUUUUGUGAAUAUUUUACUUCCACGAAUA